AUGGUGGAUUGCAUGUUUAUAUUGACUCGAAUUCUGUUCAUCUCCUGCUGUUUUCUAACUGUACAUUGUACACAACCCAAUUGUACAUCAGUGACUGACUUUGAUGAUUGUCCGGGGAAUAUAACAGACUUCUGUCCAGAUAAUAGUGUUUGUGCAUGCAAAGAUGGAGAGCCUUUUUGCAAAUGUCCAAAUUUCCGAGGUCGGUGGGGAAAUUAUUGGUACAUGGGGACCAAAUGUGACCAACUCUGGAAUACUCUGGACCUGAUUUUAGUAGCAGCAUUGCCUGGGAUAGGACUGGCUUUUCUAGUUGGUGUAACAAUCCAGACUGUCCACUACUGUAAAAAGAGGUCAAAGAAGAAUAUAAAUGAUCACCGAGAACAGAGGAGUUUAUCGGGACUCCAACCUCAGCAUAAUUCUGCAUAUCCUUUUGAUACUGUUAUGAGACCUUCUCAACUGGAUCAAGGCCAGGUAAACACUGAAAUUCAUUUGUAA